AUGGGACGUGGAGCAGGAGGCGUCAGGAUGAAAACAGUUGGAGGUCCUUCUUCAGUCAGAUCUUCAGAUGGUCGACCAUGUGUGUGUGUGUGUGUGUGCGCGCGUCAGUCAGUGUGUGGUUGGACAGACUGGUUAUCGUACGGUCAGACUCUCUUCAUGCUCGGCCUGCUGCUGGGAUCUCUGGUGGGAGGAGCCAUAUCUGACCGGUAUGGGAAGCGCCCGGUGCUGCUGGUGUGUGUGUGCUUACAUGCCGUGUGCGGCCUGGCGCCGGCCAUCCUUUCUCAGCCCUUUCUCUUCCUCGCCGUCCGCUGCCUGACGGGCGUCUGCUGCUGCUGCAUCAACAUCUGCUCCUUCAGUCUGGCGGUGGAGUGGACCCCGCCCGCCGCCCGGCUCUGGCCGCCGGCCUUUCUACCAUUCUGCUUCAGUCUGGGGACGAUGGGCGGAGCUCCACUGGCCUGGCUCAGCACCACCUGGACACAGCUGCACCUGUCGCUGGCUCUGCCUCAGCUCCUCUGUCUGCCGCUCUACCUGUCGAUCCCAGAGUCUCCUCGCUGGCUGUUGUUAAGGAGGAGGACGGAUGUCUUGGACCAUUACCGUAGCAACAGCCCUCAAGACAAACAGCGUCUGGACUUGCUGUUGGACUCGACGUGGUCCAACCUGCAGAAAGCCUCAGAGGCUCAGAAGGAUCAGCCACCUGGAGCCCCCGCCCCCAGUGACAUCAUCCACCUGAGACACCCGACCGUCCUGCUGCGGCUGUUUAUCAUGAGCUACCUCAGUGCGGCGUCGGCGCUGACGUACUUCGGCAUCUGCAUGAACAUUGGCUCAUUCGGCGUGGGCGUCUACUCCGCCCAGUUCUUCUCCGGCCUAUCAGAAGCUCCCUGCCUGCUCGUCCCAUUGGUCCGUCUGGGACGCCGGCAGAUCAGCAUGCUUGCCCUGUUCCUGAGUGGAGCGGCCUGCUUCCUGUCGUUACUGCUGUCCAGAUACAACGGUGAGCCAGUGCUGGUGAUGAGUCUGGCUCUGCUGGGGAAACUCUGCAUCCUGGCUGCCACCUUCAUCUCCAUCCUGUACAGCAUCGAGCUCUUCCCCACCGUGGUCAGACAGCGAUGUGUGUCCCUGGUCAACCUGUGUUUCCGGCUCGGCUGCCUGGUCAACUCCCUUGUCCCCUCCAACCCAAAUGGAGCAAUCUCAUUGGCCGCCAUGGUGGUGUACAGCAGUGGACCGAUCAUAGGCUGCGGUCUGUGCCUGCUGCUGCCGGAGACCAGCGGUGUUCCGCUGCCUGAUUCAGUGGAGGACUGUGACAGGCAGCCUUGGUCCCGCCCACCCAGCGUGAGCGCCCUUUGGAAAACAUGGAAGCCGGUGAGCAGCCGAAACAGGGAAACAGAGACCGUCCCCGCAGAGAAAGACGACACACACACAGGACUGACAUGAACACACACACUGUUGAGUGAUGAUGAUGAUGUUAUGUGACGAGCAGUUGGAGGGCGGCCAACACUCGAGAGGACGUCUGUGUCUCAUUCUUUAUGUUUUUAUCACCAUGAAAAUAAAAUCAGAUCAAGUUUU